AUGUCGGCGGUGCCGACGCUCUCGCUGACGCCACUCGAAUCGCUCCUAUGUGGUCUGCUGGACCAUGCAUGCCGCUGGAUGAGCGAUGUCGAUCCGCAGGUCGAGUGCGAGGGCCGGACCUACUCGUUCUCGCAGCUGUGCCGGCCCAAUGAGCCGUCUGCGCUGCGCUGUGAGGCGCGCAUUGCGGGCGGCUGGGUUCGCGACAAGCUACUCCAGCUGCCCUCGCACGACCUCGACGUCUCGCUCUCGACGCUUACGGGCCACAACUUUGCGCUGUUUCUCCAGGCGUACCUUGCCAGCGAUGCGUUUGCUGCGACGCCCCUCAAAGCUACGAUGGACGCACACGCACAUGGUGCCACGGCGAUCAGCCACAUUGGCAAGAUCGCUGCGAACCCGGAGCAGAGCAAGAACCUCGAGACAGCGACGGCGCGCGUGCUGGGCCUCGACGUGGACUUUGUGAACCUUCGCAAGGAAGUGUAUGAGGGCGGGAGCCGCAUCCCGAUCAUGUCGUUUGGCACACCGUACGAGGAUGCGAUGCGCCGCGACAUGACCGUCAACGCGCUCUUCUACAACGUACACACGCAGCGGGUCGAGGACUGGACCGGCCAUGGCCUCGAUGACCUGCGCACCGGUCUCGUGCGCACACCCCUCGAGCCUGCGGCUACGUUCGAGGAUGAUCCAUUGCGCAUACUGCGCUGCAUCCGCUUCGCGAGUCGCUUUGGCUACGCGGUGCAUCCGUCGAUCGUCGCCUGCCUAGCCGGCACCGAGACGCCCGAAGCGCACACGCGCGCGGAGACGCUGCGCGAAGCGCUCUCACGCAAGGUCAGUCGCGAGCGCGUCGGGAUCGAAGUGGACAAGAUGCUUGCGGGCCCCGAUCCUCGCCGCGCCCUUACUCUGCUCGCCGAGCUGCACCUAUACCCGGCCGUGUUUCAGCCGCCGCCGCCCAUGUCUACGCAGCUUACGACAGCGGAUGGCUCGCCGACGCAUGCUGCGCCAGAGGCGCCUGUGCUUGUUAUUAGCGCAUUUUUCGACAGCAUGCUGCGGUCGACGGAGGCGUACGCGUCACUGUACACGCGCCUCCCAACAAGCUGGCUCGCGCACCUGCGCGACGGGCGGAAUGCUCGGGCAGUACAACGGCUUCUGUGGUACUGCAUUGCGCUCCUCCCCCUGCGUGGCCUCCGUGUGCCGCAAGGCAAGCACACCGUGUGGGCCGGUGUCGCGACGAUGGCAGUGGGCCUCAAGUUGGGGCACCGCACGACCAAGGAUCCCGUGCGGAACCUGUACGAGGCCGCGGACCUAUUGCACGACCCCUCGCUGGAACGCUUUGCGCCAGAGGGCGUACUCUCGCGUCGCGCACGCAUUGGUCUACUUCUUCGGCACUCCAGCAUCACGAGCCCGGCGCUCGAGGUGUCCUUGCCGAAUGCACUUAUGGCCGCGCUGCUCGUCGAGCUUGUUGCCCUGGUGGACGGUCCUGACCUGCGGCGCGACGAUGCGGCGCGCGUCCUGGAUACGUAUGCGGCCUUUUGGACGUAUGUGGAAACCGAGGGUCUCGCCGCGUAUGCCCAGUCCAAGCCGAUCGUCGAUGGCCAGCGCAUCGCCGAAGCGCUCGGCUGCGAAAAGCACCUCAUCAGUCGGUUGCUGCCAUUUGCCGUGGCAUGGGAAAUCGAUCACGAGCAUGUCGCUCCCGCCGAGCGUGUCGAGCAGUGUGUGCGCGACCUGCAAGCGGCGUGGAACGAUGGCGAGCUGGUGCCCGAGGCGGAGCGCUCGCGUGUAGUCAAGCGGAGCAAGUAA